AUGUCUCAGACAACUGAACCUAGUGACACACAACGGCUUGUUCCACAAUUAAACUCAACGACUACCAAUGGAAAUUCUACAAGUAGUGAAGAUGAUAAGAGAACUAAAUCGUCUUUAGCAAAGCAUGAAAGUGAAACAGGACACAAAAUCGAUUGGAAAAACUUUGAUCUAGGGUUGCGCGUGCAAAUAACAUUUUUAUUUACAAAAAAUAUUGAAUGUGAAGCUGAAGAUUUUGUGGAUGGUGUAACUGAACAUUGGAAAGUCGAAGAAGAUCUUCUUUUGAGUGCAGCUUUAGAUGAAUACAUUAACGAACAUGGCAAUGAAAUAUUGAACCAAACAUGCGAAAAAUACAAGUCAAAACUUCCAUAUUUAUCAAAACACACAAAUUUAGCAUCGCAAAUCGAAAGUAUAUCAUCACAAGAAGAUUUAUUAUCGUUUACCACGAAUGAAUGUGAAUAUUUAGUCGGAUUACUAGAAGUCAACGAAGAACCUGAACCAAAUGCACAGGGAGAAGAUGAUAAGUGGAAAACACUAUUAAUGUUGGAUUAUAGAAGGAAACAAAUUAAUUAUGUAGUUGCUUACAAUCAACAAUUAAUCGCAAUUAAUCGACGAUUAUUACAAGAAAAGAAAAAUCACCAGGAUCGCUGA